AGAAAUGAAAUGAAAAAACCCUUCACGUAAAACCCCUCUCUCUACCUCUCUCUCUCUCUCUCUCUCUCUCUUCUCUGCGACAACACUCUCAGAAAUCAACCCGGCACGCAAAAAUGGCGGCCUUCAAACGCUUGCUCUCCGAAACCGGUCGCCGCUGCUUCUCCAAUCAACCACCGCCCGCCCCCCUCUCCUCCCUCCUCCGCCGUCCCUUUUCCACAGAACCCCAGCCAUCAUCUCCAAACCCCGAAUCCAGCGCCGCCGAACCCAACUCAAACAUCCGAACGCCCAUUCCAAUUCAACCCAUUUCCUACCCGACUAAACCUAGAGCUCCACCACCACAACAACCCAAUCAACAAAAUCAACAAACCCAAUCCCCCGAUAAUGGCGAUUUCGUAAACCCGGAAACAACCCGGUCGUGGACCCGGGACGAAAUGCGGUACAUAAAGGACGCCCCUUUGAUUUCCCCAAUUUCUUACCCUAGCCGAGUUGCCCCAUUGCCUGAGGAUCGAAUAAAAGUGGGAGAAGAUGAAAAGGGGGUUAGAAAUGAGGAGUUAGAGAGAGAAAGUAGAAGGAUUGAGAACAGCAGAGGGAGGGGUGUCUUGAGAUAUGGGAAAGAGCAGCAUGAGGAAGACGAGAAGCUGCCGUUUCCGAAGAUGAUUAAGCUCGAAAAGAGUGAUGAGAACAGUAAGAAGAAAGUCAAGGUCAUUUACGAUCUCACCGAGGCUAUUCGUCUCGUCAAGGCUAAUGGCAAGCACACUUUUGAUGAAACUCUAGAAGCACAUGUGAGGAUGACUCCUGACUUACGUCGAACUGAUCUGAAACUGAGUGGUUUUGUGCGCCUUCCACACGGUUUUGGCAAGACAUACCGUGUAGCUGUCUUUGCGGAAGGGGCUGCUGCUGACGAGGCACGAGAUGCUGGAGCUGAUAUUGUUGGUGGUCCAGAACUGGUCGAAAAUAUCAAAAGCGGUCAAAUGAAAGUAGAUUUCGACAAGUGUAUUUCGACUCCGUCCAUGAUGGAACAUGUGAAAAAGUUAUCGAGAAACCUUAAACAAUUAAUGCCAGACGCCAAGAAAGGUACAAUGACGAAUGACAUACUUCGAACUGUCAAAGAAGCUAAGGAGAAAGGUGUUCUUUUCAAGAAAGACAAAACCGCAAUUGUACAUGUUGGACUCGGAAAGCUUAGUUUUCCAGAGGAUGCCUUAAAAGAAAACGUUGGUGCUUUUGUAAAUGCUCUUUUGCUUGCCAAACCUGCUGGUUUGAAAAAGAGUUCCAAAUAUGCUGGAUAUGUAGACUCCUUCCACAUUUGCAGCACGAUGGGUCAGUCCUUCCCGAUUUCGAUACAGUCAUUAUCUAUGGCUGCAGACCGCCACAGCAGACUGCAAUUGCAAUGACAAUUUGAAUCAAUCAACAUAGAUCCAAUUUUGCUGAGUCUUUUGUUGUAACUGAAGGUAUUUUUAUUUUAUUUUAUUAUCCGUUUUUCUCGAUAUUGCACUGCUAGGGUAGGUAUAGCAGUCAUAUAUAUGAACUAGAUAUAAAUGCCUAUUUUCCCAUGUUUUGGAAGGCAGUUUAGUUAAUGAACAAGUUGAAACGCCCGUGCUUCUUUCAACUAGUUCGACUUCAAUCUUUUCUAAUUUUUUUUUUUUUAUGCUUUCGCCUUGGAGAAAUGGAAAUCUCGGUUUAUUUUUUCUUAAAUAAGUUAUAAAUUAAAUUGCA